GCAUCAAACGUCGUAGUGUUAAAGUCGUUGCAAAACAAGAUAAACAUUUACAUUUGUUCGUCGGCUCGAAAAAUGAACAUGAAAUUGUUUUUGUGGUUUGUAACGAUAUGUUUGCCAUUGGUGAUGACGCAGCCCGUGAAUUUAAGAGCGGAAGAGGAAGAAAAUGAAGUGCAGGACAACGGUGGCGAAUCGGACCUGUUCAAUGGCUUAGUUCAUUUAGGAACUGCAAUUUUCGGCACUCCGGACAUCAAGUCGGGCGAAGCCGUGUCGAAAUGGAAAGAAACCAGUCAAUUAAAUCCGGAAGAAAUGGGCGAGUAUGCUGAGGGUGACAUAUUGCAUCCUAUAGGAAAUUCAAGAAAUGGAUUGAAAGCCACAUCCUCCAGAUGGCCCAAAGGCGUCAUUCCUUAUGAAAUAAGCCCGUAUUUUGGAGCCAAUGAUAGACAAAUGAUAUUGAGUGCAAUUGAUGAUUACAAAAAGCUUACAUGCCUAAAGUUCACCCCGAGAACAUCUUCUGACACCGAUUACAUUUAUUUUACUAAUGGUAACACAGGAUGUUGGUCAUCAGUGGGUAAAAUUGGCGGAAGACAAGAAGUAAAUUUACAAAGUCCAGGAUGUUUGUCUAAAAAAGGAACGGUAAUACACGAAAUGCUUCAUGCUGCUGGGUUCAUGCAUGAACAAAAUAGACCAGACAGAGAUAAGUACGUGACAGUCAACUACGGCAACAUUCAGUCAGGAAGAGAAAAUAAUUUUGAAAAAGCUCAAAGUUCAUUGAUUGACAAUCAAGGUAUAGGAUAUGAUUACCGUAGCGUUAUGCAUUAUUCGGCAAACGCUUUUUCUAAAAAUGGUCAACCUACAAUCGAUCCCAAGUCACAAGGAGUUUCAAUGGGCCAGAGGGAAGGUUUGAGUAGAAAAGAUAUUCAAAAGAUACAGAAGAUGUACAACUGCAAAAGUUCGAAUUAUUUGGAUUCGAAUUCGGAUUCGGGAACGGGAAACAAUGUGUUUGGAGCUGUCCAAAGUUGGUUGCCGUUUAAAUAAUUAAAAUGGAAUUUAAUAAGAAAAUAUAUAUAAAAUAAACACUUUGGUUUUUCUAUCAA